AUGGCUCCGGCUCCGGCGUCGAGCGGCCGCAUCCGGCCGUGGCUGGUCGUUGGCGACCUGGUGCUCGCGGCGCUCUGGGUCUGCGCAGGCGCGCUGGUGAAGCUGUUCGUGUACAGCGUGCUCGGCCUCGGCGGGACCCCGGAGGGCGAAGCCGCCAAGGUUUCGCUCUCUGUCGUGUACAUGUUCCUCUUCGCCGGGCUCGAAUCGCUCACCGGCGGCGCCUCAUAUAACCCGCUCACCGCCCUCUCCGGCGCCGUCGCCUCCCACGGUGGCCCCGCCCUCUACCUCUUCACCGUCUUCCUACGGGUCCCUGCCCAGGUGAUUGGGGCGGUUCUAGGAGUGAAGCUCAUCCGAACAGCUUUCCCUCAAGUAGGUAAAGGAGCUGUGUUAAGCGUCGGCGUUCAUCACGGAGCAUUAGCUGAAGGACUGGCAACUCUUUUGGUUGUUAUGGUGUCAGUGACACUUAAAAAGAAAGAAAAGGGAUUCUUUAUGAAGACAUGGAUCGCGAGCAUUUGGAAAAUGACAAUUCAUAUCCUUAGCUCGGAUAGUACUGGAGGGAUUAUGAACCCUGCAUCUGCUUUUGCUUGGGCUUAUGCUCGAGGAGAUCAUGCGACAUUUGACCACCUAUUGGUAUAUUGGCUUGCACCCCUCCAAGCAACCCUGCUAGGAGUAUGGGUUGUUACCUUCUUAACUAAACCGAAGAAGGUAGUAGAUGAAAACAAGAAGAAGAAAUAGACCAAGGAAGUGGUUGGGGAGUGGAUGUACAGUACCUUCACCUGGUUCAAGUCCACGUGAACAUGAAUUCAAUCCUAUUAGUCUUUCCUUCAAAAAAGAAGGGAUACACUAGUGUUAAAGUGGUUUCCACCAUUUGUUCUGGAGCAAAACUUCAGAUCCCAACAUUACUAUCAUUUUGCUAUAAAAAAAUGUACAUUUGGGAUCUGUCAACAUGUCAGAAGCCUCUUUAAUGUGUA